UGGAAAAAAAUGCCAAAAUAAAAAAUCUAAUUUCCCUAAAACCUAUACUAGCGCCUAAUUACUAGUGCCUAAUUACUAGCCCCUUUGUCUCUAUUUUCCCACCACCAUGGCCACUGCCACUGCCGCCGUCGGCGCCAUGAACAAGCCCCAUAUUUCAUCACCCGUCGACAAACCCUUUUGCUCCCCAUCUCAAAGGCUUCUAUCUUUAUCCACUAAAACCCUCCCUAAACCCUACAACCACCACAGAACUCUCACCACAUGCACCUCCAAAAACCCAUUAACCGACGUCAUUUAUUCGGGUCAAACCGACCUGGAUGGACAUUCAUUUGGGUCAUAUUUCGAUGCUGACGAUAAACCUCGUGAAGAGUGCGGCGUUGUGGGUAUUUAUGGUGACUCUGAAGCUUCUCGUGUUUUCCAUUAGCACUUCAUGAUCUUCAACUUCGUGGUCAAAAAGGCAUUGGAAUUGUAUGCGUUAAUGAUAACGUGCAUAAGUCGAUUACUGGUGUUGGAUUGGUUUCUGAUGUGUUUAGCGAGUCGAAACUUGAUCAAUUACCGGGUGAUUUGGCUAUUGGUCAUGGAAGGUAUUCUACUGCUGGUGCAUCUAUGUUGAAGAAUGUUCAACCUUUCGUUGCUAGUUAUAGAUUUGGGUCAGUUGGUGUUGCUCAUAAUGGGAAUUUAGUGAAUUAUAAACAACUUCAUGGUGAAUUGGAAGAGAAUGGGUCGAUAUUUAAUAUGAGUUCUGAUACUGAAGUGGUUCUUCACCUUAUUUCUAUAUCGAAAGCAAGGCCUUUUCUUUUGAGGAUUGUUGAUGCUUGUGAAAAGAUUGAUGGUGCUUAUUCUAUGGUGUUUGCUACUGAGGAUAAGUUGGUUGCUGUUAGGGAUCCUUAUGGUUUUAGGCCAUUGGUUAUGGGUAAGAGAAGUAAUGGUGCUAUUGUUUUCACCUCCGAGACGUAUGCUUUGGAUUUGAUUGAGGCUACUUAUGAAAGGGUGGUACUUCCUGGUUUGGGUGGUGUGGCAUUGUUGUCAUUUAAAGCUGCAUGGUUUCCCAAGAACAUAGAACAUCCUUAUGGACAUGGUAAAUUUGAGACUCUUGGAGCUCUUGGAAUUUCUGGUGUGCUGUUGGCUACGGUUGGAGGUAUUGGAUGGCAUGCUUCA